AUGAAUACAAUUAAAUCCAUUAAAAAUGCAAUAGUCUGUCUCGUCUUGCUGCCCCGUUUUCUAAUGGCAGCAGUCAUGUUUUGGCUGCUUGACUUUUUAUGCAUAAGGAGAAGGGUUUUCUUAAGGAUGAAGGAGCAGGAGCUGGGGGGCGAUGCCAUCGAUCCUCCGCUGUGCAUAUCGGACUCCAAUCGUCUGUUCAGCCUCGAGUCCCUCAAGGCUGUGUGGCACGGCCAUAAACUGGACUUUCUGAAGGCAGCGCAUCUCGGACACGGAGCCCCCAACACCGACGUUGUUCAGCUGGAGGAUCAGCGGCGCAGCCGCAUCCUCGAUUACGCCAAAGACAAGAGACCGCUCAUCCUCAACUUUGGGAGCUGCACCUGACCACCGUUCAUGGCGCGUCUGAAGGCUUUUCAGGGAGUCGUGCAGCAGAACGUAGACAUAGCAGACUCGGUAGUUGUGUACAUCGAGGAAGCGCACCCCUCCGACGGCUGGAUGAGCACUGACGCGCCCUAUCAGAUCCCAAGACACCGGUGUCUGGAGGACCGACUAAACGCUGCGCAGCUGAUGCACCUGGAGGUGCCCGGCUGCCCGGUCGUGGUCGACAGUAUGGAAAACUCCUCCAACGCGGCGUACGGAGCCUAUUUCGACAGACUGUAUAUACUGCAGGAGGGAAAGAUAGUUUACCAGGGUGGCAGAGGACCCGAGGGGUAUCGGAUCACAGAGCUCAGAGACUGGCUCGAUCAAUACAGAGACAGGCUGGAGAAAUCCAGUAAUCUAGUUAUUAGUGUGUAG